CUUGUGAGGCUGGAUCGAACCAGCUCCGGGGAGGAGUGGCCAUCGCUCGGAAGAACAUCUACUGUCGGCUGCUGCCGAGCUUCCGGUUGAAGACCAUCGAAGCCAUAGGAGUGAAAAUAUUCAGGGAGCUAGAACUACCGGCGGAAGUGGCCCGAAUCAAAAGUCUACGAGAGUCAUUGGUAGAGCAACGUGAACAAUUUAUCUAUUCCAUCGUUAACAAUACUGACGUGAGAAAUCUAGAGACAUUGUUCUCAUUAGAAUUAGAGAAAUACGAAAAGGUUGUACAAGAUGCCGCCCAGGGAGGUAUUUCUAUAGAUGUGGGUAAUAACUUUCCCGUAGAAUCGGAAAAAUGGAGCAUUCUACAGGCCGUCUUCUUUGCCUCAACUGUACUUACAACGAUCGGUUAUGGAAACAUCGUACCAGUGACGCCAUGGGGACGCAUCUUCUGUAUACUAUUCGCACUAAUCGGCAUCCCACUGACGCUUUCCGUGAUCGCCGACUGGGGACGGCUAUUCGCAUCGGCAGUUUCCACCCUGGGAAAACACUGGACAUCCAUUUUACCUAUUGCAAGGUUUUGUCCUGACGCUGGAAUUAAGAUGUCCGACAAAAAAUGGCUGUACGCAGUUGGUGCUGUUUGUUUCCUAGGCGUUUAUCUUGCCGCUGGAACUGGCUUACUUCUUUUGUGGGAAGAAGAUUGGAACUUUUUCGAUGGGUAUUAUUUCUGCUUUAUCACCAUGACGACGAUUGGAUUUGGUGAUCUUGUUCCAAGCAAGCCAAACUACAUGCUAUUAUGUACCUUAUACAUUUUGGUUGGGUUGGCACUGACUUCCUCAAUCAUUGAGCUUGUUCGUCGACAGUAUGCACAAAGUUGGCAAAAAUUGCAAGCUUUAUCUGGUCCCCUUGCUGAAACACUGCGACGUCUGGGAGAGUCGGCAGGCACUGGAAUUGAUGUCACAGCACUGCACAAUGAUUUGAGACGUGUUCUAACAAUCGUUUCAAUGCCUCGACGGCACGGAAGUAAAAAGACCGAUCCUAGUGAAAUGGCUGCACUGGAAGCAAUUACCAAUGCGAUACUGCAAGAUAUCAAAGAGAAACAGGAAAGUAAAGAACCACCGAAAGUUGUCCAGAUCGUCAUCUAUGAAUCGUCAGUUUAGAUAGAUAUUUGAGUGGCAAGCACGUGGUUGAAAAUUAUUAUACACGCCGACGACACCUUGUAACACGGAUGAGAUGAGAGAGAUGCCGUCCAUUAACGAAACCAGUUUAGGCGCGACACUGUAGAAUGUUCCCAGAUCAUCAAUAAAAAGUAAGAAUAAUAAUCUAAACUCACGCAUAAAUUAAAAAAAAACGAAGGACAGUAAUUGAUGACCAUUCUGAUAGCGUAACCCGAGCAGGAAUCGAUAGCUUAUAGAUAACAAAUGAAUAUCUUAAUGUGGUAUGAUAACAGAUUUUGGUAUUCUUGUGGUAUAAAACCUUGU